AAAUACAUACGUCAAUGUGGGGCCUGUAAAGGCGCCGCGUAGUUCUAACAGUAAGGAGAUAGUAUCCAUUCACAACAACAUGGGCAAGUCAAGGAGCGAAAACACGUUAUUUCGGUGGGCGACCAAAACUUAUGUGAAGUCGGUAGGUAGCCGUAACUUACGUGCAGUCCCUGACGUCCAUUCUAGCCACAAAUUGAUGCCACUAAGCAUCGUCGUGAAGCGUCCAAACAAGAAAUGGUUUCGUCGAACCAAACAUGACUAUUCAAUAAGAGAAUCAAAGCUUACAGAUUUUCUCGGGGAUACAUCAAAACUGGAUAUGGAAACGAAAAUCAAAGACCACGUGAUCAACUAUAGGAAUACAGAUUGUACUGCUCUAGACACGAUGGGCGGUUUCAAUGUUUUAGGAGCGUUCCUUGCUCGUUACAAGAGAAAAGCUGGUAAAUGCCAGACAUUUGACUCUGGUAGAACAAUAGCUGAAAGCGUGGAAAAGGAGGAUUUAAUGAAAGCUUUAAAGAACAGAAAAAUCAAUAUCAACUAUCCGGUGUUAUCCCAGAUUUUAAAAGUAAAUAAAAGUUCCAUUGUUUGUGUUGUUGUUGAAGUGAUACGUACAACAAAGCCGGUGAACAUUAAAGAAGAGGUACGAAGUUUAGAUGAGGCGGAUGUUAAGUUUGACAUGGUCGACGGUUCAGGGGGACUAUCCCUCAGAAUGGGAAGAGGAAAACAAACCUGUCCAGAAUUAUCAAUCGAACCGACAGUUUUGGCUUACGAGGUAUGCGAGUUGGAGGUUGACAUGACCAAAGGGACCAUGGAUUUAGUGGUGGAUCCGGAAGGGCAAGGAGGAUUCGUCAAUAUCCCCGACGACAUUGACAUUUGUGAAGGCAUAGCAGAUGACACAGUUGAAAGCAACUACAUGCUGUCCUUAUACGAAACGCUUGAGGAAAUGUCUACUGAAGAACGGAAUAUAGUCAGAGAGAUUGCAACCAUGUCAGCCGAUGACGCAGACAUAAUUUGCCAAAUUAUGUAUCAAACUGGCUUUGAUGAUAUUGAGGAAUCAAGUUCGGAGGAAAGCUUAAAUGACUCGUUUGAGAGCAUGAGUGUUUCUUCAUACUCGACAAUCUCGACUGAUGAUGAGCCCGUUACACCUGUCCCGACACUGCACCAAGAUGAGUUUUUCGAAGAUUGUGAGGAAUGUAGUUCGGGGAUGGGCCUUGAGGACUUAUUUGAGAGCAUGAGAAAUUCUUCGUGUUCAUCAAGCUCGGGAGGAGAAAGCAUGUCUAUAUCUUCAUCAAGUUUGGUCGGAGAUUCAGAACCCACAUCUCCUGCAGAUGAUACCACCUCGCCGCCUAUUCAAUUGGAUACGGUUUCUGUCAACGACAUGAACAAUCAAAUCCAGACAGCCGACGAACAAAUCCUAUAUUUGACCUCGAAACCGCAGGCUUUUCGGAGAAUGCUUGAAGUGAUAGGAUGGCAGAUAAUGAAGGAUGGUACCAUGGCUAAGCCAGAUGACACUAAACGAAUGGAUUUGUUUGAAUGUUUCUUUGUGUUGAUGAAAAGACUACAUCACGAGCAUACAGCUGUCAUCGAAGACAUCAAUUCCUUUUCAUCGACGACACGAAAACACCUUUGUGGAAUAUAUCGUUGGUAUUUGACUACCAGUCAAAAGGACAAAAGUGAGGAGGCAAAGCGCCAACUGUGCGAGGAUCACUAUCAGCUGAAGAAUGACAUUGACCCGGAGGAAUUCUCUCGGGUGGAAGAGCUGUGUAAACAUAUAAAGGACAGGAGUUAUGUCACAUGUGCUGUGUAUUCCAUGCUUCUGGCUCUCUCCUGAAGAUACAGUCAAACAGGAAUCACAUCUUGUUCAAUCGAACUAGCUUCAAGGUAUUGAGUUAUGUCGAGCACAAGUCGUCUAGGGCUUGGAGUAACGGCAGUUAGAAUCCGAUGGUUGCUCUUUCAUGAUUAAAAUCAAUCUAAUGUGAUAAGAUUUUCCUGGUCCAUCACUGAUCACCUAACGAAACUAAAAUAAUGUUGCUUGAUCAACUAGGUUCACAACUGGAAUCGUCCUUAUUUUUUUUUUUUUUUUUUAUAUAAUUUACUUUUUAUUCAGUUUUUAAGCAAUACAAUGUACAUACAUUAUAUAAAUGACUUGCUCAUAUUUACUGUUCAAUUCUACACAUCUAAACCAGGUCAGUUACUACAAAAUCAAUCACACACUGCAUCACAUAUAUGCACCCACCCACCUUCAAACACUUUGCUAGAAAAAAAACAUUCAUGUUUCCAAUAUCUGUAAUACAUAUGUCAUUUUAUCAUCCAUUAUAACUAUACACGUCACUCCAUACAUGCAUACAAAUAUGCUAGAAAACAUAUCACUGUUUUCCACAUCAUUCCAUAUACACAUGCACAAUAUAUGCUAGAAAUCAUGUCAAUCUUAUACACAUCACUCCAUACAUACAUACAAAGUUUGCUAGAAAUCAUAACAAUCUUGUACACAUCACUCCAUACACACAUAAAAAAUAUGCAGGAAUCGUCCUUAUUGCAGGGAGUGAAAACUCCGAUAUUGGAACAGAACACGAACGACACGGUAUAAUACUCUGUGCAGUCUCAUGAAAUCAUGAUUUGUAGCAAAACUCACAAAACUUCUAGGGUAUCAAACUUGAGUAAUGAGGAACAACCCCAAUGAAAAUAUGAUCCGAUGUGCUCAUUUCAAACAUAAACAUGAUGACCAUUAUGAUGUUCCAGAUAUGAAAUACAUUGUAACAUUUUCAUGUUUGGGUGUAAUAUAUUCCUUUAUUGGUAUAUAUGCACAUAUUUUCAUUCACCGUUGUAAUUUACUACUACCUUUCGAAUACCCUGUAUCAUUAUAUACGGAUAAUUAUAGUCCCCCAGGGAGCUGAGAAUUCCAUUGAUAUUUUAAAAAAUGAACAAAUUUUCACAGGUGAGCAAUUAACACCACAGUGACUUGGUAUGAAUUCUCACUCCGCGAUCCACUAAUAUAUAUGACAUACAUUGGGAAUUUGUGCUAAAUCCCUACGCUUUAUAUGAAAAAAGAUUUAAUCACCACGCAUCAGAAUCAAGCUAAACAUAUUUAUUGUGUUGAUAAACAUGUAGAAGUCACUAACCAUGAUUUUGUCAGAUGAAGGUGACAGUAUCGUAUCGUACUUAGUCAUUGAAGCCUUAUUUCUAUUGCCCUGCAGGUAGGGCGUAAGAAUUGUACCUGCUGUCCCCAUUGCAUGAUCGUAAGAGGCGACUAAAUUUGGUAUCUGAAUUAUUUCUCUUUUUUUUCCUUAACAACCUUAUCUUCCUAAUGCCUGCCCUGGCAAUGCCUCACUUUUUGCCUUUAGUUGAGCGUUCGUCCCUAUGAGGAAAGCCGAGACGUACCAGGGUCUUUAAAAUGGUUGUUGCUUCUCCUGCUCAGCGCUCAGCAUUUUGGAAGUGGGACAACUGAUUUGCCUGUUGUCAGUAUAAUCUGACCGGAUGGGUGUAUCGGCAAAAGUUCCGGCCUAUCACAAACAUACCACAGCCUUCCAAAACACAGACACGCAUGCAUAUCGCACGUACGGGAGGCCGUCAUUAAUUGACCUUAGAUGUUGGUAGGACGUUAAACAGUAAUAACCCGAACCCAAACUAUACUUUUUACGUCUAUGCCCUGCACAUAGGGCGUAAGAAUUGUACUUGCUGUCCCCAUUGCAUGAUCGUAAAGGUGCAUCUUAUCUUUUCUAACAUUCUUCCUAAAAUCUCACUUGACACAUCCCUUGGAAGGAAUACCUUUGGUUCUGCCCCUGGCAGAAACAUACCAGAGCAUCUUGAAAUGUUAGUUUCAACUUUUGUUUAACCUUCAGCAUUUUAGGUGUGGAACGACUGGUUUUCUUGUUGUCAGUCUAAUAUCUGACCGAGUGGAGUGUCCUGGGCAAUAUGCUUCAUUCAGUGAGGUAUCACAAGGACACAAUCACACACUCAAGUACACUCUUCACACGCAUGCAUCUCGCAUUCGCUGCUAAAACAACAGUCCAGCAUUUAAUCGAGAAUAUUUCCUCGUUCCCGUUGUGUUAACCCCUCAAUAGUAUCAUAUGACUAAACAUUAAUUUUAAAUGUUGAUGGGCAGUAAACCCGUACCAGUUUCCCUAUGGUAGCUGUUGGCGUAUGGUUCGAGCAGUGAAACAUUACACACACACGCACGCACGCACACACCCACACACGUACAUUUACACGUAUCAUUAUAGGGGAAGUAACUCCAUGUUAUAGGAUUAAAUACUAUAAGAUUAUGUUCUGAACUUUAAACAUAAUAGUUUGUAUAGUUUUAUCUUGAUAAAUUUAUUUUAGCUUUGUUUAUUUAAAUUUCCACUGUCAAUUGGCCAGUAUUGAUUUAAUAUUUUAUUGACAGGAGUGCAAUUACAUAUAUAAUAUGUAAACUGUUCGUGAAGUAGCAAAUGCUAUGAUAUAGGAGAUGGGUUGCACAUAAAUGUUUAUGAUAAACACGCAGUCCGUCUGAAGAUGCCUGUGAAAAGUCUGUGAUUUUAGUUAAGAUAUUUUUAUGCGUGUGUGCGUGCGUGUUUGUGACUCAUAUCAUAUAUCAUUUGUAAUGAACCCGCUAUCACAAGGAUACAAACGUGAAUACAGUUGUGUUAUUAUCACAGUCUUUCCAAACACAUACAUACAAUACACGCAUGUAUCUCGCACACAGAGGAGGUCGUCCUUGGAUGAUAGGACGUUAAACAAUAAAACAAACAAAUUAGACGACCUUGAAGAAACUAGGUGAAGGUGAGUACAGUUUACAUUGAUGUUAUAGAGAUAUGUGGAUAUAUGUUAUGUAUAUAUAGUCCUUGUUAAUUAGCGAAAAGUAGUUGUUUUAUUGAUACUUUUGCUGUUUGUAUAUAUUGAGAUGUCAAUAAACAUGUUUACCAUGAAAA